AAAAGGCAGAGGAGAGGAAGAGAGGGACAUCUGAUCUGUUGUGGUGUUUGUUUUGUUUCUCACACUUUUUAGCGGAAUCUCCAAUACCCAACCGAACCGAGUAGCGUACCUUAGCCAACUGGCUAGUAAUAGACACUACCUAUAGUUCUGUUUUUGUGUCUGAGAAAUUUAGACAGUGAAAGAAUAGAGUGGCAAAGGAGUAAGGAAUAAUAAUUUUAAAAAAAGGAAAAAGAGAGAGAGAGAGUUUGAAAGAGGGGGAAGAGAAUGGGUGUUCUGUAUGAGGACGUGGUGGUCAUAAGGCAUGCAGAGAAGCCAGGAGAUCCCACUGUGAUCACUGUGAAUUGCCCGGACAAGACUGGAUUGGGCUGUGAUUUGUGCAGAGUUAUAUUGCUCUUUGGCCUAAGCAUUUCCAGAGGAGAUUUUUCAACGGAUGGGAAAUGGUGCUACAUAGUAUUCUGGGUGGUGGACAAGCCAACAACAAGGUGGCACUUGUUGCAGAAGAGGCUGUUGGAGGUGUGCCCAUCUUAUUUUACAACAUCAGAUAUAGACUAUUACCGGCCUGAAAACCAGCAACCUAAGGAACCAGAUGUUUUCCUCAUGAAAUUCUGGUGUUCCUGUGAUAGGAAGGGUCUAUUGCAUGAUGUAACUGAGGUUCUCUUUGUGCUGGAACUAACGAUAAAGAGAGUGAAGGUAUCCACUACUCCAGAUGGGAGAGUUAUGUUCCUCUUUUUCAUAACAGAUUCCAGAGAACUUCUUCAUACAAAAAGGAGACAGGAGGAAACAAUCGACUAUUUGACAGCUGCCUUAGGGGAUAUCAUUAUAAGUUGUGAGAUUGAUUUGGCUGGCCCAGAAUUUACCGCAUGUUCACAUGGUGCUCCAUUUCUUCCUUCUGAAAUCACUGAAGAUAUAUUCAGUUUGGAGCUGCCCAAUGGACGCCCAAGUGGAUUUCUUUCCUUCAACCCUGUCUCUGUGACAAUGGAUAAUACCCUGAGCCCCUCCCACACAGUUGUUCGAAUCCUCUGUCAGGAUCACAAAGGCCUCAUCUAUGAUAUCAUGAGAACCCUAAAGGAUUACAACAUUCAGGUUUCUUAUGGACGAUUCUAUGCAAGCUCAAAAGGAAGCUGUGAGUUAGAAUUAUUCAUCAUGCAAGCAGAUGGGAGAAAGCUUAUUGACCCCUCCAAGCAAAAUGCUUUGCGCUCUCGCCUGAGAAUGGAGCUACUGCGUCCUCUAAGAGUGGGUGUUGUGAGCAGGGGCCCUGACACUGAGCUGCUGGUAGCUAACCCUGUGGAGUUGUCUGGCAGGGGCCGUCCCCUUGUAUUUUAUGAUAUUACUCUUGCUUUCAAGAUUCUGAACACGUGCAUCUUUUCGGUGGAGAUAGGGAGACAUAUGAUCCACGGUCGGGAAUGGGAAGUAUAUAGAAUCCUUCUAGACGAAGGGGAAUGUUGUUCCUUGCCAAGGAAAAAAGUUGAAGAGGGUGUCAGAAAUAGAUUGAUGGGUUGGGAAUAGAAUCAGUUACAAACCUCAGUUAAGGUUUUCCUCCAGUGUACAUUGUACAGCAUAUGUUCUUAGCCUUUUUUUUAAGUCUUAGACACUUUACUAUUACGUACUAACUAGGUCCAACUAUAAAUCAAGAAAUACCCUGUCCAAACUCCAUAGGGUGUGAGCUGUUUGGUAUCUUACAGUCCAUGUAAAUUACAGGCUUGUGAUGCACACUUAGAGACAGUUCUGCUCUACUUGUUUAAUUUUAGUUAACAACACUAUCAUGUAAAUGAGUUACAGAUAUAGGAAGCAAAGCAUUUCCAGCCCUUGCA